GCAAGUCACUGCUUGGUGAUUUCAAUUUCAGUGGCAGAAGUUCGCUGGUGGGAACGUAUUGUACAGUCUGGUGCCAUCACACGUCUCCUUUCCUCACAGUUAAGACCGUUGGGAACUAUCUCCACAUACAGGACAAGUGAGGCGUGAGAGUCCAGAUUUGGCUACAAGUGGCUGGAAAUGUUUGCUAGAGUGGCCAAGCAGCUCACAAAAGAGCUGGACUCUGACGGGAGGCUCAUUCCUAUAUCCAGCUUGGCUAGUGCCGAUAGUUACAGACCCUUCGCUUUGGUCAUGAAGGAACAGUCCAGGCUGCCUUGGCAACCCAGAAAAUAUCUCGCCACCUCCUACAAACUUACAGACGUAUUCAAAGAAGGAACAACUAUGGAUGCAGAGGUGCAAUAUGAUGAUGUGUUACAAUACUCCGAGACCACAGACUGGAAAGUAGGAGGAGAGGUCAGCUUUCCCUUUCAGAUCACUGAGGUGGACGUUGGUGGCUCAGGGAAGAGUUCAUUCUCUGUGUCUCAGAUAUCCGUGAGAAAAGCCUAUGUGGUUGAAAAAGGGCAGUGGAAAAUUGACACGUCGCACAAGUUCAUAGAAGAAUUUUCAGGCUCCCGUAGGAUGAAGCUGUAUGUCGUGACUGAGGCUUUUGAGAUAAAGGAACCAUUGCUCAUUGAGAAGAUGAGCCAGGGAGGAGGCAAAGUCAUGAUCACAGCAGGGGAAAUAGGUAGAAUACAGGGGCAGGGCAAGAGCAUUAAAAAGAAGAUGAUGCUGAUUCCUCAGGGCACAGUGCUGGCAUAUGUCGUACAGCCCCUGAAAAUCCAGAAGAAAAUAUUUGUCUGUAAGUGAUCUAAGCUAAGCAUUGAAACCAUUAAGUCACAUGUGGUUCCUGUCUCCAAAGUCACAGCAUUUCAGGAAGCGAAGGACACCAUCAAAGGAGAAUGUGAGCCGCUGAUGUCUCUGAGUCAGGAUUUCAGGAUCAAAUUGCUGGGAACCUUUAAGAGCUUUCUGCAGGAUGGUGAUGUUAUAUCAGAUGUUAAAACUGUGCUGGAGCUUUUCUUGGCGGGGGGUCAACCUAAGCACUCAAUGCUGGACUUGUUGGAUGAAAUUCUCCGGCCUCAGGUGGAAAAUUUGCUUCAUGAUUUAGGAGUUUUCUGUGAGGAUCAGAGAAAAGAAGCCCCUUCAUUAUUGCAACCGGUACACUUCCUGUGUUCUUCUUUAGAAGAUCUGGACUUUAGAGUGCUGCCCCUGCUUGUGACCUGCAUAGAGAAGAACAUGGUGGCCAAGCAGCUUGAGCUGAUGGAUGGCAUCAUGGAGUGGAUUCUUUCCAGUGACAAAGAAAGAAUCUUCAGCCUGGCCUCUUCUCUGCCAGAAGAAGAAAAGAACAUAACUGCAGAAAUGAUGAAUACCUGCGGACUGAUUCCACAGACAGACAGACCCUCUCUCACCUACCUGUGGAAUAAGGAAGCCCAAUCAAACCUAACUGCACUGUAUGCAGCCUUGUAUGCUUUGUGGAUUCUAAGUGAGUGAUACCAGUUUAAGUGGGAGGGUGUAAAUAUAAAAAAUGUGGGUCAACAAAGAGCUACAAAUCAUCACCCUAAAGCAGGGUUGGGCAAAUUACGGCCCAUGGGCCACAUCCGGUCCGUCAGAGCAUUUAAUCCGGCCCUCAGCUCCCGCUGGGGAGCGGGGUCUGGGGCUUGCCCUGCUCCCACCCUCCAGCCAGGGAGCAAGGUUGGGUGCUUUCCCUACUCCGCUGCCCCAUCUGCAGGCGCCGCCCCCGCAACUCCCAUUGGCAACGGUUCCCGGCCAAUGGGAGCUGCAGGGGUGGCGCUUGCGGAUGGGGCAGCGCACAGAGCCGCUUGGCUGCACCUCGCAGCUGGAGGUGGGACAUGCUUCUGGGAGCUGCUUGCUGUAAGCAUCCGGAGCCUGCAUUCCUGAGGCCCACCGCCCCCCACAUCCCAAUCCCCUGAUCCCCCUCCCGUCCUCCAAACCCCU